CACUCGCACAGCUGACCCCGGAGCAGGUUGUCAGAGAGGAGCUGCGUGUGUCCCGCUCAGGUUGGGCGAAGUGAUUUUCUCUUAUAUUAAGAGUUUAUCUGCAGUUAACAUCUCAAAAAGGCAGUCUGUGAUGGGAUUUAAGCACUGACCGAUGGACACACAGAGAGAAAGUUCAGAAAACAGGGAAAGAGACACAGAAAGAGGCGUUGUGCAUGUAUGGAAGGCUGGUGCUGCCCCUUUAAACCCUGAGAGGCUUUCUGGCUUGGGAGGAAGGAUCGUGCUACAAGCCAGCCUUGGAAUAAAUCAUGGACUUCUGCUAACUAGUGGUGGUGACGUUUACAGUUUUGGAAAGCAACCAUGGAGAGAGAACUCACAAGAGGUUACACCAGAAGAUCCACAACUGGAAAAGGGUCUGCAGGCACACCGUGUAACAUGUGUGGCUGCAGGGAGUUACCACUGUGGAGCAGUAACAGAAAGUGGAAUGGUGUACAUGUGGGGCGAGAACACGGCAGGCCAGUGUGCUAUUGCAGACUGCCCAACUGUGCCAGAGCCCGUAGCUAUUACUAUAUCCGAUCAGGAGAGUACUCCUCCAAGGUGGGUGAGAGUUAUGCAACUGUCCUGUGGAGAAGAACACACUCUUGCACUGUCAACCACCCGGGAAGUCUGGGCAUGGGGCAGUGGCUGCCAGCUUGGACUGAUCACGUCAUCUUACCCAGUAACAAAGCCACAAAAGGUGGAGCAUCUUUCAGGCCGUGUAGUUCUUCAGGUGGUCUGUGGUGCAUUUCACAGCCUUGCCCUUGUUCAGUGCCCUCUUCCUCAAGAGGUUAAGCCUAUCCCAGAGAGGUGCAACCACUGUCGGGAAUUACUUAUCACCAUGACUGAGAAAGAAGACCAUGUCAUCAUUUCUGAUGCUCACUGCUGUCCACUGGGUGUUAUGUUGGCGGAAUCCCAUCUUGAGACCCAGUCUGUUCACUCUUCUAUUAGUUCUGGGGACAAAAGUUCAAUAAAGGAACAGAAUUCCUUGUCUUCAGAAACCCAGGACGACAAAGAGAACUCUUUUUCCAAAGUGCAGACGUCAGUUGAGCCUGAACUUGGUACUGAUGCUGCUAGCAUUUGUGAAACUGAAGCUUCUUCCAGUAUGGACAGAGAUGCACCUGCACCCCCCUUACAUUCAGACACUGAUCAGAAUGAAAGCAAAACUCUUAACAAUGAUACCACGGAGGUUGCACAGGCUCCAGAACAGAAACUGGAAGAACAGUUGAGCAAUUGCCACCUUAAUCCUGUCACUACCUCCACAUCUGCUCUAAACAGCCUGGUGGUGUCCUGUGCUUCCGCCGUUAGUGUGAGAGUGGCCGCUACCUGCGAAGCCGGGGCCCAGUCACUAAAGAAAGUCAUGAACUUUUACUCUGGAUCUCUGUGCGAAACAGGAACACAUCCUUCUGUGGGAUCUUCGGUGCACGAUGGACUGCGGGAUAGCCGGGAAGAACAAGUAAAGCUAGAGUCUAUGCAAGGCAAGAAGAGCUCAAGUCUUGUGGAUAUUCGAGAGGAAGAAGCAGAUGCAAGUAGCAGGAGGCUUUCUCUUCCAGGACUUCUCUCUCAAGUCUCUCCCAGACUUCUGAGGAAAGUAGGCAGAGCAAAGAUGAGAACCGUGGCUCUAACGCCCACAAACAGUGGUGAAGCUGAUCUGUUGUUGCCAUCCCUAAAAACUGAGGUAUGGAGCUGGGGACGAGGCAAAGAAGGACAACUAGGCCAUGGAGAUGUCCUGCCAAGGCUGCAGCCUCUAUGUGUGCGGAGCAUGGAUGGUAAAGAAGUGGUUCAGUUGGCAGCUGGCAGUCACCACUCACUUGCCCUUACUGCCAGGUCUCAGGUCUAUUCCUGGGGGAGCAAUGCAUCGGGUCAACUUGGUCACAUUCAAUCUCCAACUACCAUGCCUCGACUUGCUAAGGUAUGCAAUGAUGACCAUGCGUGGAGUAUAGCUGCCGGACAGGACCAUUCCCUUUUCCUUGCUCAUGGAAGUGAAGAUUUCCAGCCUUUUAUAUAUAGCACUGGACCGCAAACCGCUAAUGAGAAGAGUGAACCUGAUUCGGAUCCGAGCCCUACACUUCUAACAGAAUGUAGCAAGUUGGGGUACGUCUCCAGUAUUUCUGCUGGAAUGGGCAGUUGUUUGGCCCUGGUGGACCAGAACCUGAUGGGGUAUAUUGGAAGUCUGCAUGAACUGGCAGCCACAGAGAGACGUUACUACGGCCGUCUGAGUGAUAUCAAGUCUCAGUUACUCCGACCUCUCCUGGGACUGGACAAUCUGGGCUCUAUGACUACUUACCAUUUGUUACAAGAUGUUGCCACAAAGUUCAGCAAACUCUGCUACCUGAUUGGCCAGCAUGCAACCUCUCUCAGUAAUUUCCUUCAUGGGCUUAAAGAUGCUCGGACCCUCUCCAUUCUGGAGCAUUCAAAUCUCUUUCUGGACAGCUACACAGAGUACUGCACUUCUCUCUUCAACUUCCUCGUGAUGGGGGGAUUUGCGCUCCUUUCCAAACCAGCAAUGGACUUCUUCAGCAGGAACCAAGAGCUGCUACAGAGCCUUUGUGAGAAUAAAGGGGAAAACAUGCCACUGCCUGAAAUGAUCAAUUCUCUCUUCUUCUCCCCAAUGGGCAGGCUGCAUAUAUACGCCAGAUUGCUCCUCAAGCUGGGCAUGUGCUUUGAAGUGUCUUCUAUAGAAUACAAAAAGAUGCAGGACUGUAGCAGUAGUUAUGAGUCUCUGGCGCUGGCUCUCAGCAGGAACAAGAAGGAGGCCGAACGUACACUGAGCUUCUGGAAAACCUUCCCUGGGAAGAUGACGGACUCCUUGAGGAAGCCAGAUAGGCGUCUGAUCUGUGAGAGCAGUAACCGAGGUCUCUCUCUGCAGAAUGCAAGUCGUUUCUCAGUCAACUGGUUCAUCCUUUUUAACGAUGCUUUUGUGCACGCCCAGUUCUCUACGCAUCAUAUUUUCCCUCUCUCUACACUUUGGGUGGAACAAUUAUCAGAAGAAGUCGUUGGCAUCAAUGGCUUGAAGAUCACUACUCCAGAGGAGCAGCUAACUAUGAUUGCAUCAUCUUCCCAAGAAAAGAACAAGUGGCUUCGAGCCAUUAGCCAGGCAGUUGAUCAGGCAUUAAAGGGCUUGUCUGAGCCACUGCCCACUACUGGUGGAAGCAUUCACAGACAGGAACCCCCAUUGUCACGCAGCGCCAAGUACACUUUUUAUAAAGAUCCACGGCUGAAGGAUGCCACUUAUGAAGGUCGAUGGCAAAAUGGGAAACCACAUGGCAAAGGUAUGCUUACCUGGCCAGAUGGAAGAACAUAUUCUGGUAAUUUUCGGAAUGGAUUGGAGGAUGGGUAUGGAGAAUACAAAAUUCCUAACAAAGCUUUAAAGAAGAAUGAUCGCUACCUGGGACAUUGGAAAGAUGGCAAAAUGUGUGGCCAAGGCACCUUCUGGUACGCAAAUAGUGAGGUAUAUGAAGGCUGUUUCCAAGAUAACACAAGGCACGGCCAUGGGCUGCUGCGGAGCGGCAAGCUCACCUCAUGUUCACCCAGCAUGUUCAUUGGUCAGUGGGUGAUGGAUAAGAAAACCGGCUAUGGAGUCUUUGAUGAUAUCACCAGGGGUGAGAAGUACAUGGGAAUGUGGCAGGAUGAUUUCCGUCAGGGCAAUGGAGUUGUAGUGACCCAGUUUGGAUUAUACUACGAAGGAGCCUUCAGCUUCAACAAGAUGAUGGGGACUGGUGUUUUACUUUCUGAAGAUGAUACUGUUUACGAAGGGGAGUUCUCAGAUGACUGGACAUUGAACGGAAAGGGGGUCCUGACUAUGUCAAAUGGAGAUUGCAUUGAAGGACUUUUCUCUGGAGUGUGGGGAUCUGGAAUAAAGGUCAACGGCACCUACUUAAAGCCAAUUGUGUAUGAUGGAGAAAAAGAGGAAGCCAAGAGCUUGAAGUUAGGACGUCUGUCUGUGCCAGCUGACGAAAAGUGGAAGGCUAUUUUUGACGAGUGCUGGAACGAGCUUGGAUGUGAGACUCCUGGACAAGGAGACUCUAAAAAUGCGUGGGAAAACAUAGCUGUGGCCAUUACCACUAACAGGCGGCAAAAACAGGACAGCCCUGAGCCAUUGAGCCGCUCCCAUACCCAAACACUGGAGAGCUUGGAACUUAUACCGCAGCUUGUCGGCCCCUUCACACUCGAGAAAUAUGAGAAGAUAAAGAUGUACCUGAUAAAUGCUUGUGAAACCCCAAUGCAUCAGCUGGGAAGACUUGUGGAGACCCUGGUGGCUGUGUACAGAAUGACAUACGUAGGAGUAGGAGCCAACAGGAGGCUUUUACAGGAGGCAGUUCGAGAGAUCAAAUCUUACCUGAAACGUAUCUUCCAGAUUGUGAGGUUUCUGUUCCCUGACCUCCCCGAGGAAGGCAGCUUGAUCCAGCCAUCAGCGAUUACCAAAGAGUCACCAGACAAGUGUCACAUUUACAAUGGGACAGCUGAUUCUGGAUCUGAAUCUCCUGAACCAGGGUAUGUGGUCACAAGUUCAGGAUUGCUGUUACCUGUGCUGUUACCCAGAUUGUACCCUCCCCUGUUCAUGCUUUAUGCUCUUGAGCAUGAGAAGGAUGAAGAAGCGUAUUGGGAGUGCAUCCUACGUUUGAACAAGCAACCAGACACUGCACUCCUUGCGUUUUUGGGUGUGCAAGACAAAUUCUGGCCGACGACUAGAAUCUUCUUGGGAGUAAAGCAGAAGAUUUUGCCAACCACAAAAGACACUUGUUUUUCCUCUGCAGUCGAAUGUCUACAGCAAAUUAGCACAACAUUUACACCAUCAGACAAACUGAAGGUCAUCCAUCAAACUUUUGAGGAAAUUACUCAGGAGGUCCAAGAGGCCCUCAACAAAAGUUAUCUAUGGUCUAUGGAUGACCUCUUCCCUGUAUUUCUUUAUGUUGUCCUUCGAGCCAGAAUUCGUAAUCUUGGAUCUGAGGUGCAUUUGAUUGAAGACCUAAUGGACCCGUACCUUCAGCAUGGAGAACAGGGGAUCAUGUUUACCACUUUGAAGGCUUGCUAUUACCAAAUCCAGCAUGAGAAAAUCAACUAGCCUGCUGCCAGAUAAGACAUUCAGUACUUAUAGUUUGGUCCACGAGCCACAGGAGAGUUCUGACAAAAUAAGCUAGGUGUCCUAUUUCUAUAUGAUGACGACAUCGCAAUUUUCCAAUGGUUUGUGCUCAUGUCUUCGGUGCUGUGGAAAAUAUUUUUUUCAAGAUUGACAUUACAAAGCAAU